AUGAGUACCGUCACUCUAAGAUGGAUAGGCGAUUUAGAUCAAGACAAACGUGAACAAGCUGGGUGUGUCAGUUCUUCAAGCGACCAAUAUCGCCCCAAAAAAAUAGAACUAAAGCCUGGCCAAAAAGAAAUCCGCAUUGGACGUAUUAACACGAAAAUUCCCCCUGACUAUCCAAUCGAAAGCUGCAUUAACAGCCGAAUGAUAUCAAGAAAUCAUGCAACUAUAGAACGCUCGGCCAAAGGAGGUUCAAUUCUCUAUGAUCAUAGUAUGAAUGGGACCUACGUCAACUACACAAGAGUUAUGGGUGGGGUAACGCUGAAACAUGGAGAUAUUGUGUGCUUUGGGCAUUUAAAUGGGGCAAACCUUAAGCCUGGGGAGCCAGUAGCUCUCUUUUAUUCCGACUUGAAGUAUCGAGUGGAGCUAAGUGAUUCCCCAACUAAGGAAAAUGUUGUAACUGGAACAGCCAAAAAACGCAAGUCUUAUCCCGCUCAGCCAGGUUCAACAGUGUCUUCUACUCAACGUUCUGAUGGAGAAGAUGAUUCCAUUGGGUCUAGUGAUGAAUCCACGGAUGCCAAACGACCUAGAAGUAAUACAACUUCAAGUGCACAACGCACAGCUAACCGUCAAAAAUUCAAAAAGCCUGCUAGUUCAAAUCGUCAUAAGGUAGAUGAAGAGGAUGAUGGAGAUAGCAAUGAUGAUGCUGAUGAUAGUUCAAGCAACAAACGAUUAAGUUCUGCAGGUUCCAAAACCAUCAAAAAACGUUCAAACGGUACGGAUAGAGUUAAAAAGUCUCAUUCUAAUUCUGUUUCACGCAAGUCUAGUGGAACAAAACCCGGUCAUAUACAUAAUAAAGAAAAACGCCGUUCUGGGAAAUCCAGCAAAUCUGGAGGUUUCGAUGCAGAAGAUGAUGCUGGUGGGGGUGAUAUGUUUCAUUAUGACAGUGAAGAGUGUUCAGCUAGACCAUGCAAGCAGCCUCAAGAUAUAGCAAUAGAUUGGAUUCAAUGUGAUCGUUGUACUCUAUGGUAUCAUCAAUGUCAGGAAUAUAUCACUUGUUUAUUACCUUUGGUUGCUUCUGAAAAAGUUGGCAGCUCAAAGGAUCUUAUAGAGUCUUAUUUAGAGUUGAAAUUACACUCACUUCGUUCAUCCGAUUCGAAGUCAAUAAAUCCCCAUACUGUAACAAAAGUGCAACCACUUCAUGAUCAUGCGAAUUUAUCCAAUAAUAUAUCUAAAUCAAAUGUUGUUUCCACACCUUUACCUUCUUCAAUUUUCUAUGAACCCUGGCAUUCUAUGUGGAAAUUUAUUAGAAUGAAUCCAAUCUAUGGAAUAGGCGGCAAAACUUUACCACUGAAAUCUAUAUUAUUUAUGGAUCCUAAGUAUAUUCCACCUAUUCAUUCAAUCUCAAAGAUUGAUAAUACAAAUCUGCUCUCUUCUAAUGAUUUGGAUUUCUGCUACGAAGCUCUAUUGUUUAUGACACAGGCUUAUGAGACUGUUGUACGAGUAACUUUAUUUAAAGACUCAAAAACGAAAAAUGGCGAGCUUAUGUGUUGUUGUGAUCCGUACUUGAAUUUACCGUAUUCUUUUGGUAUCACUGAAUUGGCAUCAUUGGAAGACUUUGUAAAACAACAUAUUUGGUCAUCCAUAUACAAACAAUUCUCAAUUGAUGAAUGA